GAGUACUACUGAACUAUGAAUGAGAAGAUGGAGAAGUCUCAGGAAGAAUGUCAUAAUCCAAAGAGAACAAAAGAUGUUUCACUCCAGGAAUUGAGAGAUAAGCUUGCUGAAUUUGCCAGUGUUAGGGGAUGGGAUCAAUUCCAUAGCCCCAGGAAUCUACUUUUAGCAUUGGUUGGAGAAGUUGGGGAGCUCUCUGAGAUAUUUCAGUGGAAAGGUGAAGUAGCCAAAGGACUUCCAAAUUGGAGUUCAGAUGACAAAGAGCAUUUAGAGGAAGAGAUCUCAGAUGUUUUACUCUAUCUUGUUCGUCUAGCUGAUGUCUGUGGACUUGAUCUUGGACAAGCUGCUCUAUCCAAGCUUGUUAAGAAUGCUCAGAAAUAUCCUGUUUGA